UGAAUACACAAAUACCCUAUCAUUGACUGAUAAAGCAUUCGAUAUAUCGACCUACGCAGGCCUGCCCAACUCACUCAGUUUAUAUAUACAUGUUUAGAAUGAAUAGGCUAGGAGGAGUGUGAUCCAUGAGAUAGAGAGUUUGCACAGAAACCAGAAACACUGAUCCAACAAAAAGUUCUCUAAAACUAAGACUGAUCCAAUGUUCCACUUCACUCGGGCACUGGAAUCAUGAGCGAAUCACCACAGGUCCAGUCCCCCAGGACCAAGGCCAAAGGCGCCAGUGUUCUCAUCUCGGACACAGAGACAUGGGAGAAACACAAAAAAUUCACUGUGUAUAAAGUUGUAGUGCAGCAAUUUGGCAAGGCUUGGUUCAUCUUUAGGCGAUACAAUGAGUUCCAUGUACUCUAUGAUAAGUUAAAAAAGACGUUUCCACACGCUCAUCUUAAGUUACCUGGGAAGAAGUUGUUUGGGAACAUGGAUCCCGAGUUCAUCAAGCAACGACGAGAGGGUCUUCAUGAAUUCAUUCAAAAGCUGUUAGAUAGCGAAGAGAUAUGCAAAGUUCCAGAGGUGCGUGUCUUCCUCAGUCUUGACAAUCCUAGAAAUGUGGAUGAUGAUGACAACAGCCUUGAAGAUACAGGAGACAUGGUGAUAGAUGACCCAGUCAAUCUUGGUCCAACUGAGCAAGUGUCCGUUCGUCCAAGUGACUUUAAUUUCCGGAAAGUAAUCGGAAAGGGAAGUUUUGGCAAGGUUUUCCUUGCCACGCAAAAGAGUGACGAGAGGGUAUUUGCUGUCAAAGUUCUCCAGAAGAAGGCCAUAUUGAAACGUAACGAAGUGAAACACAUCAUGGCGGAGAGAAACGUGUUGCUCAAGAACCUUAAACAUCCAUUCCUUGUCGGCUUACAUUAUUCAUUCCAGACGCCCGAUAAGCUGUAUUUUGUAUUGGAUUAUGUUAAUGGUGGAGAGCUGUUCUUCCACUUGCAAAGAGAACGAUACUUCCCAGAAUCCCGUGCCAAGUUCUACGCAGCUGAAAUCGCCAGUGCCAUUGGUUAUCUUCAUAACCAGGAUAUCAUCUACCGUGACUUGAAGCCGGAAAACAUUCUACUCGAUUCACAGGGCCAUGUUGUUCUGACUGAUUUCGGGUUGUGCAAAGAAGGCAUAGAAAAGAUGGGAACAACUUCAACAUUCUGUGGAACGCCAGAGUACCUGGCUCCUGAAGUUCUUAGGAAGCAGCCGUAUGACCGAACCGUUGACUGGUGGUGCUUGGGUGCAGUUUUGUACGAGAUGAUGUAUGGAUUGCCUCCAUUUUACAGUCGCGACACUGCUGAAAUGUACGACAACAUUCUUUACAAACCUCUCCGCCUUAGGACCAAUGUCUCACUGCAGGGAAGGAACAUUCUAGAGGGGCUUCUGCAGAAAGAGAAAGAGUAUCGCCUCGGUGCCGCGCACGACUUUGAUGACAUCAGAGGUCAUGUGUUCUUCAGUAGCAUCAACUGGACUGACCUGGAUACAAGGAAGAUUCAGCCUCCAUACAAUCCCAAUGUGCAAGACCCUAUGGACCUGAAACACUUCGACAGAGAAUUCGUCAGAGAGCCUGUCCCAGCGUCGGUUGGCAAGACGGUUGAUAGCAACAAGAUGGUUAGUGCUAGCGUGCUGGAAGCAGACGACGCAUUUGAGGGGUUCUCUUACGUGCCGCCGUCCGAGGAUGCAUUUGAAUAUAAUAGCUAGUUGAUUUGAUUGGCUCUCUGUAAAUAGAUUCAAGGGGCUUGUCUGUAUUUUCCCGUUCAAAGUGCGUAGGCCAUAUUUUGUUAAAGCAGGAGUGUCUGAAGAUAAUAAGACAUGUAAGUUCUUGAAGCGCUUUAUGAUAAACUAUGUUCUCAAAGUGCUUAACAUUUACUCCUGUUCUGUCCUGAAACAUUUCAAUAGAACCCAGAUGGACUGCUCAGUCCAAGCUGCAACGCGGGUUGAGCAUUUUCAACUGGUACACGGAGCAUUUAUACACCUUGGUGGAGUAAGGCAUGUGAGUAAAGCGACCUGCCAAGAGUCUCUUGCCAACAGUGGAGAUUGAACCAGGGACCACUAGUCAGACACCAGAGCCACUCUGCCACCGUUGCUGUAAAAUGCUGUGUCAGCACUUUUGAUCUUUACAAAUUUCCAAGACAUUAACGGUGUAAAGUUCAUUAGUGCUGACCUGGCAUAUCUUGAGACACUCUGCCUUUAAUUUCUUUGAUAACAAACACGUCGUCGUCAUUAUAAAACAACAAAAUGCAUAAACUUAUGGUUCUGAUCAAGUCAUCAGAGAAGCAGGCCUCUUAUACACCAUACACACACCAUUUAGGUGUGUACAUCGAGUGUCUGCAGUUGUUGUUUUUUCCAUAUCUUGUAUUCCUGAGUUACAAGUGAGGCCUAAUAGAUAAGUGUGUAGCCCGUGCCUAUAAAUUGUUUUAAUGAUUAUUGUACUACCGUGAAUCUAGACCAAUGUACCAUAUCGGAGCAUUCCUGAUUUUAGAUAAUAUGACACAUUCCUUCCGGACAAAAAUAUUUGCUGUAAAUCUGAAUGUUUUUAUUGCUAAACCCUUUUGCUGCUGCUAUUUUUUUGGUUUAUUGACCAUUUUCAGCUAAAUCAUAAAAGAGUUGUAUUUUGAUUUUAAGUCAGGCUUCUUGCAUGAACAAUUUUUGGAUAUUAAAAAAGAAAGUUUUAUUUCAGUACUUCUUAUCUUACAAAAAUUGGGGGAGUGGCAAAAUCAGUGAAUUUUAAACGGAACCUAGAGGCAUGAGCUUGUUAGGUCAGAUUUAGGUACAUGAAGUCACCGAUAGGGGUCUCUCACACCACCAAGUAUUCAUGUUUGUACAUGGAGUAUAUCUUUUGCUCAAUUGAACAUGACCUUGUUCCCUAACUCUGCAUAGGCAUCUUGACCCUCAAGCUUUGGAUCCACUCCGCCGACCUGGACUUUGUCACACCAGUGAGGGGAGGUAACGAACGGAAUACCUCUGAUGGUGCAGAAUGUGAAUAGGAGUCACCUGAUGACACUGAUUUGACCUCCGAGCUCUUGCCUAUGGUCCCCCUUUGAGUUUCAUUCAUUUUAUACUAUCAACAAAAACAGCCAAAAAAAAUGCAAACCUAUUAUAUGGAUAUUUUCAGUGUGUAUGUGUUUCCAAGGGAAAUUCCAUGGUUUGCAAUAUUUCUGUUAUACAUGAAGUAUAUAGCCAUUGCAUGAAUUGUAUUUUUCUUGAUUAUGUAAAUAUCUAUUCAAUUCUUGCCCAGUGAUGUAAACGGGUGGUUGUGAUUCACUUGUAUCUAUCAUUUUAUCAUUUAUUGGGAAUAUGGCAAAACAGAAUAUGGCCAUAUGCAAGAGAUUAUUAGUUAAUUGAUAAUUAGAUUGAAUUUUUUUUGCCAUAAUCACCUCAUUCACCCGUAAAUAAAACAGAGUGUGAAAUGUUAAAUUUUGACCUGUCACAGCGAAACCAGGUGCAUGUGGCUCUUAGCUUGACACGUUGAGACGGACUGGGUGUUCAUUUCACUGUUGAAUACUUUUUGUGAAAUCUGAGUACAUGAAUUUUAUCUCCUGGUGUCAUUCAGGCACAUCUUCGUUUUGCUGUGACGGGUCACAAAAUUGGUGAAUUUUUAUAUUGUUUUGUACAAGGGAAAGUUUGAAUUCAUACCAAAGAUUAUUUUUAAUUGAUGAUUGAGUCAGUAUUUGAAUGAAUGUUCGAUGAAAUGUCAAAUGUGACAAAAAACGCCAGUCUGCGUGGUCGCCCAAGAUGCAUGUGACUAGAAUCAGUCAUUGCUACGACAUGCAAAAGAUUUUUAAAAAGUUUGAUUUUGUCGCUCGUUGCACUGAUGAUGAUUUUUUUCACUGAGAUCCGAUUGACAAUUUCAUGAAAUUGUUUAAUUCUCUAUAGUCCAUUGGUAAAUGUUUAGCCUGCAUUAUUUGGGCUCUGGAGCGCAAAGAACUGGUUGAAUAUUUUUCAAGCAAGGAUCAUUAAAAACCCUACUCAAAGACAACUCACCAGUAGUUUAUGCUUAUGAACUCCAGACCAUGCACAUUGAUUUGAGGCAAAAAGUGCUAUUACACGAAAUUAAAAAAUUCCAGAGGUACUGUCCUACCCCAUCUCUGGAAUUUAUUAAUUUCUUGUAAUUAGCACUUUUUGUCUCAAAUUCCUGUGAGACCACACAGACAACACAUUUACAAAUGGAUGUUAAAUCAAAAACUGCUGAAAGUCCUUAUAGGGCUUUGUACAAUUUGAUUAUUUGUUCUAAAACAUUAGAGGGAUGUUAUAUGUGCUCGUUUGUAUACUGGUAUACUGGUAAUUUAGGUAUUUUGUUAGAUAAUGAUAUAUAUAUUUGCAAUAAAUCAAAUCAUGAUGGUG